AUGUCGUUGAAGGAGAUCACAAGCGAGAAGAUAAAUAUUCAUCCUGAAUCAACAACAGCGGCAUCGACUUUUGGCUUGGAAAGCCCAGUAAAUAUCCUCUAUGCCCCUUCAUCUUUUUGGGUAUCGAUCUCCAAUCUCGAGCUGAGCCAGCGGGGCCGUGCUUCCGGGCAAACCGGCCAGGUUUUGGCACUGCUCACCUUGCCGGACCUCGUGGAAGAUUUAGUGGACGAGGAGGGCAAUCAUGAAGCGUCUCUACUCCUCUUGUUCCCUUCUGGAGAUGAGGAGUGGAAAGACGAGACCCGAUACGACGGGGCCUUCCUCUUCGAUCCUUCCGCUCGAGUGGCAGCGGAUAUCUUCUCCCACGUACAGGACGAAUCGAGGAAAGCCGGAGUGGAGCAAGUCGACUUCGAAAUGGGCGUCAAAUCGCGCCUGUUCGCCGUGACAGAUGAAAUUGACUUGAGCCUAUCGCUUUUCCCCAACCUCCGCGCCUUCGACCUUAGCGAGCCUCAGAGGGACCCUCUUUCCGAUAACUACCUGUACCGAGCAUUCCUUCUGCCCUCCACCAUCGAUGACGAAGGACGAAGAAGAGUGACUGAAAUUACAGGCGACGCCACUUCAGUGACAAUCAGGCCAGUGUGGCACAGAGCUGACGGUAGCGUUGAAUGUCGUGAAGAGAAUUCCGACACUGAAGACACGUCUCCUCAAGCUACUCACGAAUCACUCAGCGUCAAGCCGACUCUACAGUCCGAAAGUAGACACAGCCGUCGAGGAUUGUUCAAGCUGACAUUGGAACCUGCGGAACAGCCCCCAGACUGGAAGCUAAACAAAUCUGCCAAGUCGAGCGGGAGCGAUGAAGCCGUCAACCGCGGGUCAGGACAGGUCACAAGAAAGUAUACAUUUGGACUUGACAGUGCUCGCCGGGCUAAGAUCAGCGUCAGAUCUUGA